AAACCUAUUGACUGCUACCGUCGAAUCCCCGGUUUCCGGUUUGUUUAGAAAUUUCUAAAGAUCAACAAUGUCACUCGGACAAAUAGCGUUAGGAAGCGCAGUUACUGCAUUAUUUCACCCAACGGGCUACUCCAAAGUCCUUAUCCAGCUUGGACAUGAGCCCAUAGAACCAGUACUUGGAAAGAGUUUUCUGGGAUUUGGCAAAAAAGAUGUCUGGUACCUUCCAAACGUCUUUAAAUACACUAGGUUCAUUUAUCGGACAGAGGGUUUCUUUGGAUUAUACACAGGGUUGUUGCCUCGAUUGAUUGGCGGUCACUUGGGCAACUUUGUUCAACAAACUGUACUUGCUGAACUUAAGAAGGAUGAUGCUGUUGAUGAGGAAGAACAGACCCAGGAGAACUGGAUCAAAGUUGUGAUAAUACAGGCAGGAAAGGAAAGCUUUGCAAGAUGUGUUGGGGUGGUGGCAAGUCAACCCUUCCAUGUGCUGAUGAUUCGACAGAUGGCUCAGUUUGUAGGGGGAGAAACACAGUACAAUGGGCUGUUUGGUGGCUUAAAAGAAAUUUACAACCAGGACGGUUUUAAGGGAUUUUUCUCAGGGUUGGUGCCACGGUUGAUUGGGGAGGUGAUACAGAUCUGCCUUAGCAGCGUGAUAGCCGAGCUUAUCAACCGAUACAUCGUGGAAAGCAAGGAAGCCCAGUCCUAUACAACAGGCUUUGUUGGGUUUAUGAUAACCACAUUUACCUACCCAUUCACGCUGGUCAGCAAUAACAUGGCCGUGGCAGGAACAGACUUGAUUGUCGCAAGCACUCCAAACAUGAAGCCGUACAUUGGCUGGACGGACUGCUACAGUCACCUCAAACAAACGAAAGCACUUGGCCGAGGCUCAAAGCUUUUUAUGAGAACAGAUCCUCGCGCUGGCAGCCGGACUUUCCAUCGGUUCUAAUGUUGCCCAGAAGCUCGGACACUAGUGUAUAAUAAUCUUAUGUAACUGUCAUUGAAUGAAUGAAUCGAAUCAAGCAGGAAUAGGUUGUGUGGCUAUUGUGAUGUCACAAAAAAGAAUGACAUCAGACUUUCCUACGACACAAAACAAAGAAUGGCAGUGUCAAUUGUGUGAGUUGUUUUUAUGGUCAAUGAUGUAUUAAUAAUAAAAAGACUCUGUCACAAA